ACAUCAGUGUUUCGUAUCAGCUGACAACCAAAGCAAAACAGUCGGUGCGCGACCAUCUUGUCAAAACUCAGUCGGUGACAACAAAUAAAUAUUGUAAAAUGUCCUAAGCCGCUCAGGUUGACUUAAAGUUAUUAUUGUAUUUAAUAAAGUGUAGUGUUUUUUACAUGUCGGUGUUGUUAACGGAGCGGUUACAAUACAUUUUGCUCAAUAUUUCGCGUUUGUGUUGCGUCAAAUGACGUCAUGUAUGUGAUACACGUAUCGGGGCUGAGCAGUUUAUAGUUAACCAUGUAUGAACAGGAGGCUGAAUCGGAGCCGGCGCAUCACGCGCGUCGUCCCAUGAACGCCUUCCUUAUAUUCUGCAAGCGGCACAGGAGCGUCGUGCGGGAUAAAUAUCCUAAUUUGGAGAACAGGUCAAUAACUAAGAUCCUCGGAGAGUGGUGGGCCAACUUGGACAAAGAAGAGAAAGCUUGUUACACAGGUCUUGCUAAACAGUACAAAGAUGCUUUCUUCAGCGCCAAUCCCGACUUCAAGUGGUACAAGUUGCCCGCGCCGCCGCUCCGCACGCUCUCCUCUCGACCCAGAGAUGUUCCCGACAAACCGGCUGUUUCGCCCCACGCUGACCAACACGAAAUCGAACUAGAGAGAACCAACAAUAAUUCCACAAGAGUCGACCUCAACAAAAAGACUAUUAUUGUACCUUAUGAACACGAACCGAAAUUGUCGAUGUUCACACCUGGGAAACUAGCUGACGAAGCCCAAAUGGGAGGCCUCAGCAGUCUCUUAGCUACUAAGACUGAACCACAAACGCCUAACCCCUACUAUUCGCCUCCGAGCUUUAAGUACAACACGAUCUCAAAUCCGAACGAAAUCAGAUCUCUUAAACUAUUAGAUGCAGCCAGAUCGAAGGGUGCUAACAGGGAAGACAGUAUACGCGAGCUCCAGAAUGCUCUUAACGAGACAACUAGGGUCUUUGAAGAAGAAUUCGACGCUGAAAAGGCUAAUAUGUACGUCCAUACCCCACAGAACGAGUUUACUAAUCAAGAUGUGAUCGACCAAAUUGUAGAUAAGAGGUACUGCGGAGACGAAUAUGGUUAUAAUAGAAAUGGAUCUGAUGACGAAAGAAUGAGAUCGGGUAGGUCAUGUAAAGGGAAGAGGUACCAGGAAUUCAUGGCAGUAGGGGGUUUGAUAGUCAACAAGCGACAGAAGAGGGAGCCGGGUGAUCGUAUGCCAGACGAUAGCUACAACGCAGCGUGCAGCUGGGAAUCUGGCAAUUCGUUCUCUGACGAGUCCAAAACCGCUUCAAAUGAGACCUCGCUGGAGGAAAACAAGAUCGAUCCGAACGAAACGCCCGAUACUGACAAUAAUCCAAACAAAACAUUCAAGGCUGCCGACUUUGACUUAGACGCUAAAAUAAGAGCGUUGCCCUCGCUCAGCCUCGAGAAGUUCCAGCAGAAGAAACGGGAAAACAAGAGGAAGAAGAAAUCGUUGAGCGUUCGCCCGAAAGUGUACGAGUCUCCCGUCAUCAUCAACUCUGUAGCGCGACCCGUCAUGGACGAGAGGCGGGAUAUGGCGGAGAACUGGCGCGAAACGGUCAUCGGUAGCCAAAAACGGAAGCCAAGGAAAAUCAGCAUAACGAGACUCGAGAUCAACAGCUGCGUCACCAACAUAGACAGCAAUCACGUCCACAAGAUCAGUCCCGAGAUAAAAAUCGCCACCGAAGCACCCAGCACGGUGCUUCAGAGCAUGGACAUGUGCAAACAAGACCCGACGCACGACGUUGACUUAUUAGCUCUGGCGACACUGGCCGAAGUGGCUGCAAAUACUUCGAAACUCGAAGACUCGUCUAUUGAAAACAUGUCGGUCAAAAUGAGCGAAGGCAACGCUUCCACGGUAUAAAAUACCAACAGUACACAAUUAGCCUUAAAACUAUAUAAGAAUAUUCCAAAAAUUAUUUACUCCGUAAUCAGAUUAUAUUAUUUAUACAUAGAUCUUAAAUUUACAUCAUACGUAUGAACAUUGUACACUCUUAAUUAUUGUAGUUUUUAUAAAUUAGUUACAAGUCUAAUGAUAUAGAAGAAAAAAAAUAUAUUUACUAAUAUGUGUUAGUCUUACAGUAACGUGUAGGCUGCUACGUUCUGCUUCGUUAGAUCUAGAAGUAAUACUAUAAUGGGUGUUAGAUUAUCGUGUCAAAGAAAAUACGACUUUAUGCACAUCAGUUAUUACAUAAAAACAAAUGUUGAGAUAUUUUUAAGUGCACGUGCACUUUUUGGCCAAAUGUAUGUGACUCGAAACUGGGCACAUCGUAGGAUGAUUCCGUACAUCACAAUAUAACGGUUUGCCAAAAAAAAGUCAUUUUAUGAUUAGAACCUCAUAAGUAGAUAGAUACGUUAGUUAAUUAUAAAUGCGUUUCUGUGAUCCAGAGUUGUCUGAUUGGAUGCUAAAAUAUCAUGGUGUGAUCGAAUCAUUGAUUCCAUUCAUCAUUCGAACCAUGUUUGCCAUAAGAGCUGAAUAUAAACUGACGCUUUCUGAUAGUAUACGUGUAAAAAACAUACUUUCCUGCCUAUUCGCUGGUAGCCUAACAGGAUAUUCCAGCGGGCGGGUAGGUGACCUCACGGGGGCUCAACCUGACAGAAUUUGCUAACACUAGCCAAAGCAGUGCUUCGCAGAAUCUACCAUCAGAACGGAAUCACGACCCACUGAGAAUAUCCGGCGAGAAGCUCAAUGGCUAAACCUUAUCAACGCAUCGUUGUUCAGACCCAUUACCACGGAGAGACUGGCACUCUAUGAUUGUAUGUGCCACGAGGAUGUUCUUAAAAAUUAUUUGAGACCGGAUCAUCUUCUUUAUCCACUAUUUAAACCGGAGUCGGAGCAGAGUUCAACCUUUCCACCUUGAACCUCAAUCUCCAUAAUGUAUAACGCUUUACGAGAGAUAUUUUUCGCCACCCACAAUCCGGAUUUUAUUCGUCUACUUGUCAGCAUCAGCCAAUGAAUGUGAGGACCAAUCGAAGGGGACCCGUGUCCAGUUAGGCAACUCUGAUUCGCGUGACGUUUUAUGUCGCCUUAACGUUUAGAUGUGUACGAAUGAAGUAUGACACCACGCUUAGAGACUGGGAUAAAUGCAUUUUUAAGGUGAUUAAUAUUUUUAAUUACAAUUACUCUCUGAUGAACGGUAAAAUGUUCUUUGUUGACGGUACAUCUAAGUCGUCGUGGCUGAAUGGAUAUGAAGGCGUGCGCGUAUGUACCAUGGUUCGAUUUUUGGGACAUAUCUGACAAGUUUUAUACGAUAUCCAUGAUGAGGAACAAUUUCGUGCGUUCAAAUUCAACCCACAAUAAACAAUUACUAAUGUGCGUAAUUACUAUUGGUAGGGCGAUAUCUAACCGCAUUUGGAUUGGUACCUCCAUCCUGUCUUUUCUACCGCGAAUCAUCGUCAUCCUUAUUUAAUAUAAGAAAAAGAACGACCAAGCAAUCUAACUCGUGCACGAUAAAGAAAAGAAUUGUUUUACCGUGAUUCAGACAAUUUAUACAAUUUAUAAAUAAAUAUAUAUAUGUAUAUUAUAUUUAUGUAUACCUAUAUAUGUAUUAGAGAUUUACACUAUACAUACAAGUUAUUAUGUGACUGUUAGAAAACUUAUAUUUGUAGCAAUUUUAUAUUAUUCCUGAACGAUGAUAAGAAAGUAUUAUAAAUUAUUCAUAAAUCGAUAAUAGUCUAAGACUUGUGCUAUUACACGAUUUAUUGUGGUCGUAUGUCCCCCGCUUGUUCCUAUUCUAUGGCGUCUUAACAAACAAGUGACACCAUUGAGACAUCGCUUCUCAAACUAUACCUUUCAACCCGCCAAUAUAAAAUGUCAAAUUCCAGAUAUCAUCUAAAACCCAAUGAAGUAGGAAACCUAUGGAAAUGAAACGUCAACCAAAAUUUCGUGCCACUGUGACGUCAUCUGGCCACAAAACAUGGCGGCUUUAGUGCUGUACAAAAGAUUUCAAUGUUAUCAGGUUUUAUCGAUAAACGUUCUUGGCUCAUUUUAUUUUAAAUAUUGUUGAGUAUUAUUUAUUUGUAGAAUUUAUACUUUAAUGGGAAGUAAGUAGGUAUAUUGUUAUGUGCAAAUAUGAUAUGAUUUAGAUGGGUGAAAUCUAAGACAAGUUCGUCCUUCGAAUUUGCCGAGUAAACGAUAUGAUGAUUUUUAAAAGUUGCUACACUGAUUUUAUAAAGUUGUCGUUUGUCGCAAAACAUAAAGAUAUGGCGUAGUUCAAAGCCAUCAGCCCAUUUCUAGCAUGCUAAAUGUUAUCGUAUUUUGAGUACGUGUUUUUCUUAGACUAUAACAAUCUAUUUUAAUUGUUUUGCUGACUCUAAAGUCCGUAACAUACUACCGCAGCGCACCAUUUGAAUCACUUUCGCUUGAGAGUGAUUCAAAUUUUAAACUUAUCAAGGGACCGCGUGAAAAAAAAAAACACCUACAGAACAUUUAUUCAUUAAUUACAAACGUCAUUCCUUGUGACUUCCUCUCUAAAAUCACUUAAUUAUUAAAUAUUUAACAAAUUUACAAUAGUGUUUUACUCACUGCGGAAUAAAACUAUUUUAGUUAAAUAGUUCCGAAGAGAUUUUGUCGGUAGCCUUUUUCCCGAAAUAUCUAAACAGAAUGUCUAAAUAUGUUUUGAUGACAUAUUUUAAAGUGGUAUUUAUGAUUAGUGUCAUGAUCAAUAGAUUCCGACCGAAAAAUGGAUUUUUCGGAUGAGGGCUCCAUAAUGAAUUUAAAUACAUAUAGAUAAUAGUUUUAGGGCAUCGACUUUCUUGAGAUCCUAUAAAAUACGUUUUAAUUGUUAUUUUUGUAUGUUUUAAGCAUGAUAAAUUAUGAAAUUUUAUAUAAUCAAUCAUAUUAAAUCGAUAUCAAAGUCAAUAAAUAAUGUACAACCCAAAACAGACGGCCGAACUGACGUGACAAUGACAUUUGGCGCGCUAAACAUGGCGGAUUUUCGGCCUCAUUAGACGGAGACGGAGAUAUUUACGUAUAUUCAUGUUUCAUUUUAUGUACGCACUGAAAUACUGUUAUAUUGUUUUCCUGCGAGUUAAAGUGCUGAGUAAGAACGAGAUAGAUAUAUGUUUAUGUAUGUGCCUUCAAAAUGGGUGCUAUUUAUAUAAGCAAUUGUACGUAUAGAACAAUAUGUCGUGUCCCUACUAUAUAGGUCUAUGCUAAAACCGCUGUUUUCUGACAAUCACAUAAUUCAUGACACUAGGUGUCAAAAAUGUCAUUUAGAAUUUAAGUAAAUGGAAUGCUUUCGUCAUAUCACGAAGGGUGAUUUUGAUUAAAAUCAAAACUACUACUUAAAUUAAGAGGAAGAUUGAGAAGAGCGCGAUGAAAAUAAUAGAUUUUGUUGUUGAUAAAAGCCUCUCGAUUGCGUUGGCCUGACCUUUGAGAGAUCGUUGACGAUGAUCAUCCAACGCAAAAAGUUAUUUUAUUUCUGUUUCGUUCAUGUGAAAAACGUUCAGUCGGACAGCCAAGAUCUGAAAAAUAUCCCGAAGAACGCGAGUCCUGGAACGGUCAGUACUAGUGAAGAACAGAGACGAUUUGUGGUAUUUGAGGCCAAGGUCAUUUUCGGGCCGCUAAACCAUCUUGAUCAGUAGUAGUAUUACUUAACCAUAUUGAUAUUGCGGGUAUCAAUUUUGUCGCAUGUGAUGAAAGCAUUUUAUAUUUUAAAAAAAAAACACGAGAUCCAAAUGUAAUAUAUCAAUAGAGGAUAAAAAUGAAAUUUCGAAAUUAAAAGUCUAAAAUUAGACAGGUUUUCUCUCUAAAAAAUGAAAAUUUAAAUUGAUGAGUAAAACUCACACUUUUAUUUGUGAUAAAAAAAAAACCUUUAACCAAACUAGAAUAAUGUUGUCAUCAUCAUUUGUGUCUUUUCGUUUGAAAAAAAAAGACGAUAAAAAACCCAAAAAAACACGUUAUCAUUUCCUUAGGAGCUUCUGAUUAGGUGUAAUAAUUUUAUGUCCCUAUCAGGUACCUGAUGUUGAUCGAGAAAAAUGUGGAUUUAAAAAAAAGAAAACUAAAAAAAAAGUGUUUUAAUUACAUUUUAAACAUUUCUAACAGUUAUGUAUCGCGGUAAAUUAUUUAAGAUUCGGAACAGUGUUUCUCAACGUCUGCGUUUUUUAUUGCAAACUUUUUUUGUUUUUCGUUUUUAAAGUGUUACUGUGAUUUUAUUAUCUUUAAGGUUGGUGAGGUGAACCUUGAACUGGUGGUCUAGUCUAGAAAUAAGGUUUACAAUGAACGAAAAUUAAAAUAUAUAUAUUUGAAAAGUGCACUUAUAUUUUUUAAAUUUACACUAAUGAAAUAAAUAUCACAAAAGCCAUAAUGUGACAUGCUCAUCCAAAGACCAAUGUAAAUAAUAUAUAGAUGUGGUAGACUGUAGAUAUAUGUAAUAUAGUUAUACAAAUACGUAUGCGUUAUCGUUGUAGUCUGUUUAAUAACCAACAUGGUAAAUGAUAAAACAUUGAUGCACGAAAUUUUUUAAUAACACAGCUUUCAUUCAUUUGGUUUUUUCGUUAAGAAUUUCAAUAAUAUUAUACAGAAAUAAGCUAAACUUUUCGUUUCGUAUUUUGUAACAUAAUAAUAAUGUGGAUUAACGCGAUUUUAUCUUUCAAAUUGAGUUGACAUCUCUGUUAAACGAGAUCAAGGAAAUUACUUUACAAUAUCCAGCAUUCGUAUGCUUUCCUACUGCUGAAGCAAGAAAAAAAAUUGCGCUUUUCACUUAUUAUGUUCUUAAUUGAUAGAUAAUAGUAGAUAUAUGUAUAUUGUUGAUUUUGUGUAAUUUUUUUUUAUUAUUUGUUACGUUUUUUAUUAAAUGUUGGUGAGCUUUUCCCACGGUUCCUAUUCGAGAUUUUUUAUUGAUGAGCUUACGGGGCUUUAAGGCACUUUUCACAAUACGCACCGACGGUUCUUAUGAGGGAAUGUUUUGCCUUGAUAAUAAAACACGAGCCUUAUUUUGUAUUUAAUAUUAGUAUUAAGAUAUACUGAGGAAUGGGGCCAGUAUGAGCACGCAGGUUUCUUUCGAAAAAAUCCGAAAAGUACGAGCUAAAUAUAUAAUAUUCGAAAAGUAAUCUCUACAAAAAUAUGUUUUUUUUUUAAGUUUUUGUUAGUAAAUGAAUUAGAAAUGUGGUGCUGGAUGAUCUGUAACGUGUUAAAAUUAAGAUUGUCGUUCGUUGCUUUUAUUUACUUGUUUAAAGCAACGAACGUGUAUGUGUAGGUACGUUAGCGAAAAGAAUUAUUUAUUUAAAAGACUUCACACGUCUUGUUUUGUUGAUAAUAUUUUUAUUGGAUUGAAAAAAAUCGUAAGGUUUUAUUUUCGUAAUCGGUGUAAAGGGGCAACCUUCCAUAGUUUGAGAAACACUGGUCUUGUUUUUUUUAGUUUGUAAGUUAGCGCAUAAUAUUAUUAUGUGGGCACCCAAAGUGUUAACCUGUAUGGUUCCAAAGUAUUGUUGAAUGUUUUGUUAACGAGCGCUGUUCAGUUUAUAUAUAUAUUUUUAUUGUAGUAUAAUAAAGUUUAUUCAUAUUAACGGUA